UGUUUUUCAAACAUAGCAUAAACAUAGAAGUUAUUUUGUAGGCUUCAGGAUGCAGAUAUGGGUUGUGCUGCCAGCAUUGUUCUGCUCCAAGCCUUUCGUUCUGUGGUACAGAGGAACUGUCCACAUAUCUGCAGGCGCCGGCGACGAGAGGAGUUGUCACAUGAAAUUCUGCCGCUGGACAGUGAUGAUGAAAUGAGCAGACCCAGGACUCUCAUCAUAAUGCAGGAAAAACCCAAACUCUUGGAGCCUUUGGAUUAUGAAGCUGUUAUCACAGAGAUCGAAAAAAAUAUUGGGGACAGCCAGUUCAAGGAUCUGAUAUUAUUCCCUGAUGAUGACUUUUCAAUAGACACAAUUUCACUGGAAAUCAGGACACUGUAUCCUUCUGUACCUGAAGAUGCAGAACAAAAAGCAGAAAAUUUAUUUGUUAGAGAGGCUUGUAAAUACUACAGUUCCCACUGGCACGUUGUGAACUACAAAUAUGAAUCCUAUUCAGAAGACUUUCGACACUUACCACAAUGUGAAUGUAGACCAGAGAAACUACCAUCACAUUCCUUUGAAAUCGAUCAUGAAGAUGUGGAUAAGGAUGAAGACACAACAUCCCACUCAUCAUCUAAAGGUGGUGGUGGUGGAGGAGGAGGAGGAUUGGCAGCAGGAGUUUACAAGUCUGGAUGGCUUUAUAAAGGGAAUUUCAACAGCACUGUCAACAACAGCAUUACUGUUCGGUCAUUCAAAAAGCGCUACUUCCAGCUGACCCAGUUGUCAGAUAACUCAUAUAUUAUGAAUUUUUAUAAAGAUGAAAAAAUAUCAAAGGAGCCAAAGGGAUGUAUUUUUUUGGAUUCUUGUACAGGAGUUGUACAGAAUAACAGGCUUAGGAAACAUGCCUUUGAGCUGAAAAUGAAUGACCUCACAUACUUUGUGCUGGCAGCUGAAAAUGAGCAGGAUAUGGAUGACUGGAUUUCUACUCUCAACAAAAUCCUGCAAAUAAAUCCAGAGGGAACCAUUCAGGAGAGGAAGAGUGCAGAUCUCACUGAUCUGAGACUUGACUCUGCAGAAGUUCCAGUGAAUUAUGAUUGCUCUCAAGAAGAGGCAGAUUCCUCAGAGAACACCUUGCACCCAGACUUCGCAAAAUACAUCACAGAAACAGAAGAAACAGUGAAAGCCUCUCGAAACACAGAGCGACUAAACCUGUUCUCUUUGGAUCCUGAUAUAACAGCACUGAAUCCUCAGAAAAGGGAGUUUCCAGGGACAAACUCAGUGAUAAAGCCAUUUGAAGAAAAGCCUGCAAAGAGGAUCCUGGUUACCUGCAAAUCCCUCAGUAUGAAUCUCCAGGCCUGUGUUACUGAAAAUGAAAAUGAUCCCUUAACCAAUGUAGAGCCUUUCUUUGUGAGCGUGGCACUGUAUGAUGUCAGGGAUGGCAGGAAGAUCUCUGCUGAUUUUCAUGUGGAUUUGAACCACACUCUGGUUAGACAGAUGAUUUCAGGUUCCUCAAGUCCAUUGGAAAAUGGUGUAGUUGAAAAUAUUGAUUCAAAUGAAAUGGAAGAACCACAGGUCAAAGGGUUCCCAGAAGAGUGGCUGAAAUACCCCAAACAGGCUCUUUUCUCCAUAAGCAAUCCUCACUCUGAGAUUGUACUGGUGGCAAAAAUAGAAAAGGUGCUUACGGGAAACAUUGCCAGCAGUGCCGAGCCUUACAUUAAGAAUCCUGAUUCUUUUAAGUGUGCACAGAAAGUGUUAAAAUCCAAUAAACAGUUCUGCAGCAAGCUGGGGAGAUACCGCAUGCCCUUUGCUUGGUCAGUGAGGCCAGUGUUUAAAGAUAAUCAGGGAAAUGUUGACAGAGAAUCCCGAUUCUCACCCUUAUUCAGGCAAGAAAGUAAUAAGAUUUCCAUGGAAGAUUUGAUUAAACUAAUAGCAGAAUACAGAAGAGCAGAGAAGAUUAGCAAAAUACAGACUAUACCUGGCUGCUUGGACAUUGCAGUUGAUUGUGUUCCUUUGGAACAUCCAAACUGUGUUACUUCAUCCUUUAUUCCAAUCAAGCCAUUCCAUAAUGUAAAGGAGCAUCAACCUACAGUGGAAGUUGAGGAGUUUGUGCAGGAAUCAACAAAAUAUUCUCGACCUUACAGGGUGUACAAGAACCAAAUAUACAUCUAUCCAAAACACCUCAAGUAUGACAGCCAAAAACACUUCAACAAGGCACGGAAUAUAACAGUGUGCAUUGAGUUCAAAAGCUCUGAUGAAGAGGGAGCAAAGCCACUCAAGUGCAUUUAUGGGAAGCCAGGUGGACCCUUAUUUACAACCUCAGCCUAUACUGCUGUGCUACAUCAUUCCCAGAAUCCUGAUUUCUAUGAUGAGGUGAAAAUUGAACUUCCCACUCAACUCCAUAAGAAACACCACAUUCUGUUUUCAUUUUAUCAUGUCACCUGUGAUAUAAAUGCAAAAGCUAAUGCCAAAAAGAAAGAGGCUCUGGAAACACCAGUGGGGUUUGCCUGGCUCCCUCUGUUGAAAGAUGCCCAGCUGGCUUCCCAGGAGCACCAGGUGCCAGUGGCCAGCAGCCUGCCCCCCAACUACCUGAGCCUGCAGGAGCCAGCAAGCACAAAGCAGAUUGGCAGUGAUAUAAAAUGGGUAGACAGUGGGAAACCACUUUUCAAAGUCUCUACUUUCGUUGUAUCAACAGUAAAUACUCAGGAUCCAUACCUGAAUAACUUUUUCCAUCAGUGCCAGGAAAGGGAAAAGGAUCUCUCUCAGCCUCCUACCUCAAACUUUAUCAAUUCUUGUAAGAAUUUAUUGAGGAUUGAGAAGAUCCAUGUGAUUAUGAAUUUUCUUCCUGUAGUCCUGAACCAGCUCUUCUGGGUUUUGGUGCAAAACAGUGAUGAUGAAGUUGCAACAGCUGUGACCAGAGUCCUUACCAACAUUGUUGCCAAGUGCCAUGAAGAACAGCUAGACAACUGCAUCAAUUCUUACGUGAUGUACGUCUUCAGGACCAAAUCAUUUGAUGGAAGAACUGUCCAUGAGGAGCUAUCCAAGAAUGUGACUGGGCUGCUGAAGUCAAAUGAACAAGUAACUGUGAAACAGGUUUUAAAGCAUUCCUGGUUCUUCUUUGCAGUCAUCUUAAAAUCAAUGGCACAGCACUUGGUUGAUACAAACAAAAUAAAGGUUUCUCGAACUCGGAGGUUUCCAGAAUCAUUUCAAGCUGAGCUGGACACACUUGUGAUGGUUUUAGCAGACCAUGUUGUUUGGAAGUACAAAGAUGCUCUUGAGGAAACCAGGAAUGCAAACUACAGCACUGCCAGAUUUCUCAAGCGCUGUUUUACAUUUAUGGACCGUGGAUUUGUGUUCAGGAUGGUCAACAACUAUAUAAGUAUGUUUGGAGCUGGAGAUAGCAAGACUUUGCACCAGUUCAAAUUUGACUUUCUCCAAGAAGUCUGUCACCAUGAGCACUUCAUCCCUCUGUGCCUGCCCAUAAGGUCUUCAAACAUUCCUGACUCUGUGACGCCUUCAGAAUCAGCACAGGAAUAUCGAACAUCAGACAUUCCAGAGUACACACUGACCAACGAAUUCUGCCGUAAGCAUUUCCUGAUUGGAGUCCUGCUGAGGGAGGUUGGCUUUGCCUUGCAAGAGGACCAGGACAUCAGGCACUUGGCCCUGGCUGUGCUCAAAAACCUGAUGGCCAAGCACUCGUUCGAUGACCGAUACGCUGAGCCGGCAAAACAAGCACAAAUAGCAAACCUGUAUAUGCCACUCUAUGGGAUGCUUUUGGACAAUAUGCCGAGGAUUUACAUGAAAGAUAUGUUCCUCUUCAAUAUCAAUACUUCCAAUCAGGGAUCCAGGGAUGACCUGAGCACGACUGGCGGGUUUCAGAGCCAGACAGCAAUGAAACAUGCAAACUCCGUGGACACCUCCUUCUCCAAAGAUGUUCUGAACUCUAUUGCAGCCUUUUCAUCAAUAGCUAUCUCUGCAGCAAACCAUGCUGACUCCAGAGCUUCCUUAGCAAGUCUUGAAUCUAACCCAAGUACCAAUGAAAAAAACAGUGAGAGAACUGACACGUGUGAAAAGAUCAUGAGACCUUUGUCUUUGAUUGGGUCAACUCUUCGUUUUGACAAGCUGGAUCAAGCUGAAACUAGAAGCCUUCUUAUGUGCUUCCUUCACAUCAUGAAAACCAUUUCAGAAGAUGCACUGAUUUCCUACUGGUUGCGAGCACCCUUCUCAGAAAUCACAGACUUUUUCAGCAUUUUAGAGGUUUGUCUGCAAAACUUCAGAUAUCUAGGAAAACGCAAUAUUGUCAGGAAAAUUGCAGCUGCUUUUAAGUUUGUCCAGGCCACCCAGAAUAAUGGAACUCUGAAAGGUUCAAACUCCUCUGGCCAGGCAUCAGGGCUGCUCUCACAAUGGAUACAUUCUACUUCAAGUCAUGAUGGCCACAAGCACCACAGAUCUCAAACAUUACCAAUAAUCCGGAGCAAAAAUGCAUUUUCUAACCCCAAACUCUUGCAGAUGAUAGAGAGUAGCACAGCAAGCACCUCCAAUGAAACAGACAUUGUUCAGUACGUAGACACAGAGGCAAACAUUGCUACAGAAGUUUCCCUCAUAAUCCUUGACCUGUUGUGUCUUUACACUCUGAAUCACCAGAGGCAGCUCCAGCAAUCUGACUGCCAGAAUGUGUUGAUGAAGAAGGUCUUUGACACACACAUGCUCUUUUUGCAAAUCAACCAGUCAGCAGCAGCUCUCAAACACGUCUUUGCUGCUCUCCGGCUGUUUGUGGGCAAGUUCCCCUCAGCAUUCUUUCAAGGACAAGCAGAUCUCUGUGGUUCCCUCUGCUAUGAAAUCCUGAAGUGCUGCAACCAUAGGUCACGUUCAACGCAGACAGAAGCAUCUGCUCUUCUUUAUUUUUUCAUGAGGAAGAACUUUGAAUUUAACAAGCAGAAAUCAAUAGUCAGGUCCCAUCUACAGCUCAUCAAGGCAGUGAGCCAGCUGAUAGCAGAUGCGGGGAUUGGCGGAUCUCGAUUUCAGCAUUCACUCGCAAUUAUAAAUAAUUUUGCUAAUGGAGACAAGCAGAUGAAAAACGUUAAUUUCCCAGCAGAGGUGAAGGAUCUGACCAAGCGCAUCAGGACGGUUCUGAUGGCCACAGCUCAGAUGAAGGAGCACGAGAAGGACCCUGAGAUGCUGGUGGACCUGCAGUACAGCCUGGCCAAUUCCUAUGCCAGCACCCCUGAGCUACGCAGGACGUGGCUCGAAAGCAUGGCCAAGAUUCAUGCAAGAAAUGGAGAUUUGUCAGAGGCUGCUAUGUGCUAUAUUCAUAUUGCUGCUCUCAUUGCAGAGUACCUGAAGAGAAAAGGUUACUGGAAAAUGGAAAAGAUUUGUACCUCACGUAUGCUCCUGGAAGAUGCUCAAGUCUCUGAUAGUAAUGUGUUACUAACAACUCACAAUGGAGGAAGCUUGUUUUCCAUGGGAUGGCCUGCUUUUCUGAGCAUCACCCCCAACAUUAAAGAAGAAGGUGCUAUGAAGGAAGACUCUGGGAUGCAAGAUACUCCCUAUAAUGAGAAUAUCCUUGUGGAACAGCUGGAGUUGUGUGUUGACUACCUCUGGAAAUCUGAGAGAUAUGAGCUUAUUGCUGAGGUCAACAAGCCCAUCAUUGCUGUUUGUGAAAAGCAGAGGGACUUUAAAAAACUGUCUGACCUGUACUACGACAUCCACCGCUCCUACCUGAAGGUUGCAGAGGUGGUGAACUCUGAGAAACGCCUCUUUGGCAGAUACUACAGGGUGGCAUUUUAUGGGCAGGCUGUGGUAAGUCUAGUUCUGUUGCAUGUUUUGUUUAAUUCUCCUCACACAUCCUUCAUCCUUCCCUCUACUGUUAAUUGACAUUAAUUUUCCUGUGCUCUCGGUUCUUUGGUUCAUGGCAGAUAAAAUAACAUUGCUGCAUUCAUUGUUGCAUCCUGCAAACUAACUUUUGUUUGUUCAGUUACCUGAACUACUGAGUUGUACCUGUCAUCAUGUUGUGUGUGCACUGUGGGGCCCAAUGCUGCUUCAUCUCAUCUCAGUGGAAGUUCCUCCCGGUUCCACUGGGAGUGGGAUUGGAGCCCCUCUUCCUCUGUUGCAUUUCCUGGGGUAGCAUUAAUGCUGUUUGAAUGCAAGCCUGCUUUGCUGGCCUGCACUGCAGCUCCCAAGGGCAGGGCUGCUGGGUCAGUCUGAGCUCAUGGCAGUGGCCACUGGAGCACUCUGGGCAGGCCAUGGCCAAGGUCCUGGCAGUCCCUGUAGGAGCAAGCAAAUGAAAUUCAGGGGGAAUGGCAGGUCCUGGCUCUCUGGACAGAUUAGCAAAGCUGAAUUUGCCAAAUGCAAGGAGCUGCACCCGAGGAAGGGCGGAGUUUUCCUUAUGCCUGGCCUUCCUCAAAAUGACAGCAGUGCUCUCCCAGAGCCAGUGGCUCUCCCACGGGGUAAUUUAGCUGCAGCACUUCUGGGUUAGCAUCUCUGUAACAGUGCAGUGACUUCCCAGGUGCCAGUGCCACAAGGACAACUUCAUUUAAACAGCUUUAGUGCUCUAAAGGGUAUGACUGUGUCACAGCUGUGUCUUCCUCUGUCUGUUCCCCCCAGUCAUGGGCUCUAAAGGCAACAGGCACUGCUUUCCCCUUGCCCUUUGCAGGAGAGAUGAGAUGUGGCUGCUGUUCCUUAACUGAAACAAAAGCUGCAGGGAAAGCAGAUUAAAGAACAAAAGAUUAAUACUGGGAGGGAGAAUACUGGGGGUUCUUAGUGGAGGAAGAUCUGCUGCUGCACCUGAAAACUGUUCUUCAUGCAAAGGCAGAAUUUGGUUACUGCAUUGCUGCAGGGACCCUGUGCAGGGAUGGUUUGAAUUAAUAUGAUCCUCAGAGGGGACACAGUCAUCUGUUUUCACCAGCAAGAUUAUUUCCCAGCUCAGGGAGCUGGAUCUCAGGGCAGCUGCUGGUUUAGACUGCACUUUCUGUUAAAGGCCUUUGGUGACAAUGUCUCAUUGCACCCCCAAGUGACCACUCUAGCCAGUGCAUAUGAGUUUACUCACAGAUGAGUGUUUGAGAAAUCAGUAUUUUUCUUGAAUUAAGAGCCAAAAAAAUCCUGAUAAAUGUACUGAAUACCUGAGAACUCAUAUUGUCCUGAUAAGCAAAGACAUUCAAGAGCUGUUUUUCAGAGCAGUGUCAGGCAAAGGCAGAGCUGGGGUUUGUUCUGCUGUGUGUACAAGGAGCUGGAGAAGCUGGAGGGCAGAGUUUCACAGUGAUUACAAUCACUUACUGUGGGGUGAGACAGGAAAAGAACCUUAGAUGCCAAUUCCUGGCAGGUCAAGCAGAAGGCUUUACCUCAGCACCUUUCACCAAAGGGCAGAGAAAAGUCUGUGAGCUCCAAGGCUGUGUCUGGAGGGGUGUGAGGAUGAGGAAGGGCCUUAUCAGAGCUCCCACAGUGAUAGGCCUGGCUCAAAACUUGUCUCUCAGAGCAUCAGAGCUCAGUGGAAACCAGUAACCUGCUGUUCAGGGGUCAUGUGCCUUCCAUCACCAUCAGCUGCUCCCUGUCACAAUUUUCAUCUGUGAGGCUGCAUUGUCCUUGCAGGACCAAACCAGCCAGGAUGGAAAUAAUCCAGGGAAAUGCAUCGAUAAUGUAACCUUGUCUGCUUAAUAUUUUAAAAUCCUGAAAUUGGAGGAUAUUUGGCUUCUGAAAAGUAUUUAAUCUUACUUUUAAUAGUCUUUGCCAGACAUAUAGCAUAUGGCAGACAUGAUUAUUUAUAGCUCACAGUUAACUUCUGCUUGUCACUUGUCAGCUGUAGGGAAUAUGUCCUUAAAUGAUGUCUCUUGCAUUAGAGAUAAGACUAAAUCUGUUAGUUUUUUGUUUUCAGGUAUUUUUUUUUUAAGUAAAACAAUUAACAGAGAUAUCACCUCAGCGUGCCAUGCAGCAUCAGCAGAGAUUUGGCACUUACAUGUAAGCACUCUGUUCCAGCAUACACAGAAUCAGGGUUUAAGAGCAUAAACUACAUUCUAGCUUGUUAUGUGAUCAUUUUGGAAAACAGGAGGGAUUUUGUUGAAAACACUGAAUAGUAACAGAAAGCAGAUAUCUUUUGACAGAAACAGUGCAUAGUAGUAUGUUUAAGUAUGAUUGCAUCAAACUGAUGAAGUUUUGCCACAUUAAGCAGUUUUGAUUCAAUGGAAACAAGAUCAGAAACCAGAUUAUGAUCCUGUAGAUAUUUUCUCAGUGUAAUCAAUAGGAAGUCAAUUGCCUGCCCAGCUCAACAGAUGUUUGUAGGAUAGCAGCUUUGGAGCUUUAGUUUUUUUCUCUAAUUACCUGUGAAGGUCUUCGUAUGCCUAUGGAAUUUAAUUGAUAAUGUUGUUAAAAAUCAUGCAAUGUUAGAAGGUUCCUGUGAGACUGAAGAAGAUGCUGUCAGAUGAGCUGCUCUUGCAGCUAUUAGUUAUUGGUUUCCAGUAAUGCCCACAGCACUCCUGACACUUGCCAAAUUCAAAGACAAUUUUAUUGCCCCUUGUCCUCACUGAAGGAGAAGCCAGAGAUGCACAUAUUUGUUAAUCCCCAUUGAAAUAAAUCUUGGGGUGUCCUAAAGAAGCAAUGAAAUUCAUAGCUUAUUUUAUUUUAAUUCUGUUUGUUUUUGGUGAAGAUUUGCCUAAUCAAUAAUUUUAGAGGGCAAAGUUGAAACACUUCCAGAUAAAAAAGCUGGAUUUUGCAUGAGUACCUUCUGAAUAGAUUUUGGAGAUAUCUCUUGCCUUCAUUAAUUUCUGCUUCUCUGUUUUUCUGCAGAUAGCAGUUUGCUUAGGCUUAUUGUAGAAUUGGCAAUCCAAGCCACAUCAUGUGAAGUCCAAAGGGCCUUGGGUCUGACAUCACUAGUGCUGUCUGCCUUUCCCCCUCUCCCCGCAGCUUCAGGUGUUUUCCUCUGGCUCACUGUGCACUGAGGUGAAAGGAGGAGGCUGUGAGUGUAGCUGCAGUGGUGCCCAUCACCAACUGCACGACACCCCAGGAGGGGGCUGGUGCCGCCCAUGGCACUGGGACAAAUGCAGCCCUUGUUAAAGGGGCACCUGCUGCUUUCUGCCCAGCUGGGAGAGUGCUCCUGCAGCGCUGAUGUACAUGUUCAUCUUGGGGCAGCUGUGUCUCACCUGCAGGUGAUGCAAUGCUCUGUUAACUUUCAGAGGUGUGCAUUUCUUCUGAAGCCUGACAGAUUCAUGUUCAGCUCUUAUGAACCCUUUUAUUCAAGCUCUGCCAAGUCCAUCCAAUGUAUUAAAUAAUGACCUAACAAGACUUGUUGCAAAGGAACAUAAUCUGUGCGUCUAUUUGUUGUUUUUCUUUCUCUUUUCAAACGUGAAUAAUUUGCUAAUUGUCUCUGCAAGUGCUGCAGUUCUAUGUGGCCUUUCAAGGUGCCCACCAGAGUUUCUCUUCAGCUGCCCUGAGGAGAUGCAGGCUGGUUCCCAGGUGCUCCAAUGCCAAGGCCAUGGACAGCAGUGCCCAGCUGUGCCUGCACACAUGGCUCCCAGAGGAUGCUCUGGAGGUGACAUGCUGCACACAACCCAGCUGGCUUAGUGUCUAGCAAACAGCUGUUAAUUGAACCAAAUUAUUAAGAUUUAAAGAAUUUUUAAUUCUAGUUUUUAAUCCAUGAGGGUUUUUUUCAUCAUACACACAUCAUCAUUUUCAAGAAAGGCCUUUAACUUUUUAAGCUGCUCAGUCUCUUAAGUGAAUAAAUCUUUUCCUGGGUAACUUUGGCGAUUGCAGACCAGUAUAAACAGUGACCUCUGGGCACAUGUCUGCUAGGAGUGGACAGAGGUAAGCUUUUCACUUUAGGUGCUGGAAGGGGCCUGCUGGACGCUCUGGUGGGUAUACAGGCAACUUUGAUUCCUGAUGUAAGCACCUCAUUUAGGUUUGGCCAUGGCUGUUAUAUUCACUGUAUCCUUUUGUUCCUU